CCGAAAUCACCCUUUCAAACUUUCGUAGAUGUUCUGCGGGAUGAGCUACGCAAAAAUCAAGAGCUUCAGGAUAAUGUCAAGCAGUUGCAGGGUGACGUUGACAAAUUCCAGGACUCUGAAGCAAUGAAGCGUGCGAGAGCGGCGUACGAGCGAGCUCGGUUAACAUCAAGCAUUCAAGAGAACCCGCGCCUUAGAGCAGCUGCGGAGGAGCUCAAGAAAACUGGUGUUAAAGUCGGAGAUGCUGUGACGGAGGCGUUGAAGACUAUGGAAGAGAGCGAGGUCAUGCGUGCUAUUUCACGCGCGACCUCUGCCGUGUCAUCAACGAUUGAGAAGUCGACUGAACCUAUACGGAAUACCGCCGCUUAUAAGACGCUGUCAGAGACUGUGGUCGACGCUUUGGACGACAGUGGAAGUGCAAAACAUGCUGGCUUCGAGGAGAAGGAGGCUCGUAGGCUUAGGAGGCAGAAACGCUUAGCCAAGGCUGGGAAAAAUGCCUUUGGAUCAAAUCGUACCGCUGCUAACCCCGAAGCUGGUUCCUCGUUGGUUCUGCACAAGGAUUCCCCACGACAAGAAGCCUGGAAUAAGCUAAAGGAAACGAACCCGGUUCUUCGAAGUUUGAGUGAACUUCGUCAAGCUUAUGACCAGUCCGAAAAUCCCGUCGUUUCCUCUAUGCGGUCUGUCACACAAACCGUAGGAUCUUGGUUCGACGAGAAUGAGACGGCACAGGUCAUGAGAAUGAUGAAAGUCCUGGAUCCGGCGUUUAACCGCGAGGGCUUCGAGAGGGAGCUCAGAGAGUAUAUUGUUCCCGAAGUGGUCGACGCCUAUCUAUCAGCGGACCAAGAGGCUUUGAAGGCUUGGUGUGGGGAAGCUACAUAUAAUGUCCUUUGGGCUACGAUGGAACAAUAUCUUCGCCAAGGCCUCAUCAGUGACAGCAAAGUUCUUGAUAUCCGCCAAGUAGACGUUUCGGAUGGUAAAAUUCUCGAGAACGACAUCCCUGUGUUUGUAAUUUCUUUCGCCACACAAGAGGUCUUGCUCUUCCGAAACGCCAAAACCGGGGAGAUCAUGGUUGGAGCUGAUAACAAGGUCGAGCAAUGUACUUACGUUGCCGUCGUUACGCGCGUUUUGGAGGAGCUUGAUAAUGAGCUUACCGGUGGAUGGAAAGUCAUUGAGAUGGCAAGGAGAAGUGCUCGA